AUGUCGGCGCUCCCCUCGUCGCGCAAAACACACAGCGAAAAACACAAGCAGAUCUUCCGCCAGCUCCUCAAGGAGUCGCCCAACAAAAGCUGUGUCGACUGCAAGUCCGCCCAGCACCCGCGCUGGGCCUCCUGGAACUUGGGCUGUUUCAUCUGCAUCCGCUGCUCCGGCAUCCACCGCUCCAUGGGCACGCACAUCUCGCGCGUCAAGUCCGUGGACUUGGACGUGUGGACCGACGAGCAGGUCGAGUCCAUGAUCAAGUGGGGCAACGAGAAGUGCAAUCUCUUCUGGGAGGCCCGCUUGCCCGCGCACUACGUGCCGGACCCCCUGAAGAUCGAGAACUUCAUCCGCACCAAGUACGACAUGAAG